UUUCUGUUUAGUAUUACACAUUUCUUCCGAUUUCCUCUUCUUUUCUGUAACGUCUUACUGAUUUCAGCAAUAGAUGACGGGCGUUUCGGAAGGAGAUGAUAUUGUGACGCUGAAACUAUUGAAGCAGAAAAUGCAUGAUUUUGCUCAAGAACGAGAUUGGGAGCGAUAUCAUAGCCCUAGAAAUCUUCUACUGGCUCUGGUGGGAGAAGUGGGGGAGUUGUCAGAGAUAUUUCAAUGGAAAGGGGAAGUGGCGAAGGGAUUGGGAGACUGGAAAGAAGAAGAGAAGGUUCAUUUAGGGGAGGAGCUGUCUGACGUGUUGCUUUAUCUGGUCAGGCUUUCUGACAUAUGCGGCGUGGAUUUAGGUCAGGCUGCCCUCCGUAAGAUCCGUCUUAAUGCAAUCAAGUACCCUCCUCCGCCUCCUCCUGUCUCCAGUGCCGAUGAUGCUUCAUCUCUUCAAUAACUUCUUUACUAUAUAUGUUUAUGCCUCUCUCUCUCUCUCUCAACAAUAGUUUCUUAGUAUUUCUUUUUUGAAAAAAGAAACAGGGUCAAAUGAAUGUGUGCAAUUUGUGGUGGA